UCAGCGCGUGUUGGGUGACGUCAGCGGGGAGGUGGAGUUCAGUUCAGUGAGGUGACACGUCACUAAACAGCCGGAGACGUCGUCUUGUCCUCAAAGCGUUCAGAAAAGAGGCUUUGUAUCGAGCGCUUCCUCUCUUCCGAGAGCAGCUCGUUGUCGGUGCCAGCAGCGGGAAUAGAAAGACAGGCCAGGCGUCGGUUCAUUAGCAAUGCGGAUUGCGACGCUGAUCUCUCUGGCGAGGCCGAUCGGCCCGGUGGUGGUAGGCAUCUCUCUGGGCUUCACUCUCAGCCUGCUCAGUGUCACAUGGGUGGACGAGAGCUGCGGGUACGGCGCCGUCGCUGUGACCGAGGAGGCGCCGGUGGCCGCGUCCGGAGGUGCGAAGGGAGCGCGCAAACCGAGCUCGAUAGCAGCGGGCAACGCCGAGGAGGACGACUUUCAGCCCAAAAUAGUGCCGUAUAACAAGCCCGCCCAGCAAGGUCCGCCGAAGAAAGUUUUCAGAGCCAAGUAUGCCAGCACAGAGCUGGGUAUCCAUGAACGUCUCUUCGUAGCAGUCGUGACAUCCAAAAACAGCUUGAACACAUUGGCUGUGGCAGUUAACAGGACGCUGAAUCACCAUCUGGAUGGCCGCCUUAUCUUUUUCACCGGCUCUCACAACCGUAAAGUCCCUCACGGGAUGUUUGUGGUGGCCCACGGUCAUGAGCAUCCUGUGCCCAACAUGUUCCAGACGGUGCAGUACCUCCUGGAGCACCAUGUAGCAGAGUAUGACUGGUUCUUCAUACUUCAGGAUGACACUUACAUCCAGCCUGACAGACUGAAGACGCUGGUGGGCCACUUGAACAUGGACCUCCAGUUGUACAUGGGCCACCCAGGGGAGUUCAUUGGAGGUGAAGCCCAGGGAAGGUACUGUCAUGGAGGCUCAGGUUUCCUCCUGUCCAGGGCCUUAUUGCUGAAGCUUAAGCCGUUCUUGGAGCGUUGCAGAACUGACAUUGUUAGUGUCAGGCCUGACGAGUGGCUGGGGCGUUGCAUCAUCGAUCAUGCUGGCAUUAGCUGUGUGAAGGAGCACGAGGAGCUUCAUUAUAAUUACUUUGAGAUGAGAAACACCAUGGACCUGAGUGGAGAUGAAAGCCCGGACUUCCAGAACGCUCUCUCGGUUCACCCUGUGAGCAACCCAGAGCAGAUGUAUCGCCUGCACAGAUACUUCACAGAAAGAGAGCUACAGAAAACCUAUGAAGAGAUCAAGAAACUUCAGGCGGAGAUAAAGAACAUCAGCCACUUGGCUGUGGACGGCAACAGGAGCACAGCAUGGCCUGUAGGAGUCCCACCACCGUUCAUGCCCAAGAGUCGGUUUGAGGUCCUUCGCUGGGACUAUUUCACAGAAGAGCAGCUGUUCUCCUGUGCUGACGGCUCGCCCAAGUGCCAGCUGAGUGGCGCCGACCGUGCCGAUGUGGAUGAUGUCAUUAAGGUUGCUGUGGCUGAGCUGAAUAAGAAAUACUCACCUGUGCUGCAAAUGAGUGCCCCACAGUUAGUCAAUGGCUACCGCCGCUUUGAUCCAACCCGCGGCAUGGAAUACACACUUGACCUUCAGCUCCGGGCUGAAACCGAAUCGGGCUCCGGGCAUUUGGUGUCACGGCGCGUCCAUUUGCUUCGGCCCUUAAGCCGAGUGGAGAUCAUCCCCAUGCCGUAUGUGACUGAGGCAACACGGGUACACAUUUUGCUGCCCCUAACUAGUGCAGACCGUACCACAGUGGUUCGAUUCCUGGAUCGCUGCACUUCAGGUCUGUUUGAGCCAGCUGAGAAUGCAAUACUCAGCUUCCUCUUCCUCUAUGAGCCUGCAGAGGCACAGAAAGUGGGCACAGAUGAUGUUUUUGCAGAGGUCAAGGCAAAAGUAGCUGCAAUAGAACGGCGCUUUCCUAACGUCAAAGUGCCAUGGAUCAGUGUGAAGACGGAGAAUCCUGGUCUUCUGCGUGUUUUGGAUGUGGUAUCGAGGAAGCACCCAGCAGACACGUUGUUUUUGAUAGCUACUGCUGACACAGCGCUCAACUCCGAAUUCCUGAAUCGCUGCCGGAUGAAUGCUAUUAGUGGCUGGCAGGUUUUCUUCCCCAUUCAUUUUCAAGACUUCAACCCACGAGUGGCGUAUCCGGAUCAGGCUCUGCCUACAGCUACAGAUUUAGUGCGUGAGGCGGGCCACUUCGACCGCUAUUCUUUUGAAGAGGCGUGCUUCUACAACGGUGACUACAUGUCUGCUCGUGCGCACAUGGAAGCCGAUGCGCAUGAGGACGAGGAGCUGCUGGAGAGCCUGGAUACCUAUGAUGUGUUUGUGCGUUAUUCAGGCCUGCACGUGUUCCGUGCCGUGGAGCCUGCGCUGCGCCAGGAGUACCGAAAUCGCACGUGCGAUGCACGACUGAGCGAGGACACCUUCCACCGUUGCCUCCAGAGCAAACGUGAAAGCAUCGGGUCCCGCUCCCAGCUCGCCAUGCUCAUGUUCGAACAAGAGCAAGGCAACAGCACCUGAACUCUUUCAGGAGUUGCAUUGCAGGAAUCCGAGACUGGCGAUUGUCUAGCAUGUUCUGUCCUGUGAGAUUUCUACAAAUCAUUUGAAACAACAAGGUGCUAGGCGUUCUCUAAAUAAGCCACCGCUCCAUAACCCUGCAAUGGGAAGAAUGGAAACCUGCAUUUGAAGGAACUUUUUUUUUCUCCAGAGUACGUCUAGGUUCUGACUGAAGAACGUCUCUGUGGUGGCCCUGACAGAAGCAAUAAGUAUCGUGGAGGAAACUUGAGGGCUAAUUUUGUUUACAACAAAACUAGAGACCUCAGAAAUUGUGGAAACCAUCCAGUUCAGUGUCCAGUUCUCCGAAUCUCCAAAUGCCUGUUUGUUCGAAAUGUAUUUCUGUCUCACAUUCCUUUUCGUGCUUGCUGUGUUUGGCGGUGGCCAACAACCAGCUCUGUAUAGCCUCUGUCCCUUUCAUCAUGGUACCAUGUAAUUCAUGACUUGUAAAGAAUCUGCAAAAAAGUGAGUGCCGUACUGUGCAUUUCUCAAGUUGUGUUGCAUUUGCCCAGAUUGAGGAAAUAAGCAACACAAAUGAUCAGUGCUUUACAAGGAUAUGAAUGUAUACAUGUCUCUGAUGUGUGUGUGUGUGUGUGUGUGUGUGUGUGUGUGUGUUGACAGCCUGACAUUGGCCUCUGUGGUACCAAUAUCUUGAAUGAGAUUAUUAUUUAUAAUAUGUAAUGCAGUAUAUAUUUGUGUGUGUGUGUGUGUGUGUGUGUGUGUGUGUGUGUGUGUGUGUAUCUAUAUCAUCUAAUAUAAUCUAACAUGCAGCUGCUACAACUGUUAAAGUAGGGUGGACCUGCAGCUGCACAGCUGCCAGUGACUCAAAACUCCUACGGAAAGGGAUGGGCAUACAGGCUGAUUUCAUCAUGUAUUCCUUUCCUUUAAAUAGCAUUUCCCCACACGAAUAAUAACAGUACAUUUCAAAUAACGAGACCAAAUGUUUGAUGCACAAUACACAGAUUUACCAACACUGAAGAUGUUACAAUAGCAGAACAAAGCUAAAUGUGUAUAGAUAAUAUGGCACAUUCUUUUCAGGAGAUUAUAGGCUAUUGUUACGUUUACGACAACUGGGAACUCUGAAAUUUCCAACUCGAAAUCUCCUUGGAGCGUUCAUGCAAGCUCUAGAGCCAUCUGAAGUCGGAAAUUAAACGAAUAUACAAAAACGUAAAGAAUUAAAGAGUCGUUUGGUUAGUGCUUCGUUCAUUUUUAAAGUAGAUGUGGUGAUCCACUGUUAGUAGUGCUCUACUUGACGAAAGACCAGUUUGAUCAAAAAAUCUUGCAGAAAGUGGAUUAACAUUUCAGUGAUCAAGGUAUCAACCAGUAUUUAAUGACUGUUCACUGUAAACAGAAACUCAAAAGGCUGCUUAAAGACCUUGAAUCACAUUUCUUAUUUCUUUUUCUUACUCUUCACGGUGACCGCUCCAUGUGGAAGCGACGUCACGGAAUCGCAACUCGGCGACGUCUGAGCUCUUGAAAAACAUAGUUUCUGAGCAGGAAUUAUGAAUUGGAAAGCCGUUCAAACAAACUUUUCCUACUGGGAAUUUGAAAACUUGCCCGUUCUCGCUUGGUCAUGAAUGCAGCAUCAUUGCCAACCUCCAACUAGAUUACCAGUCAACUUUGAAUUCCUACUAGGAAGGUUGGGAAGGCGUCUUCAAGUUAUAUGGCUACUCACACUGUCAACUACUUUAAAUGAGUUCUUCAGGUCAGAUCCGAUACAUUAGUUGAUUCACGCUUUAUCAAAACAGCAAACUGAAUGCGCAAUAUUAAAGUAAAUACACCAUAAACGCAUGAUCACUAAUGGUAGCUAGCUAACCAGCAAAACCCAUUUUCAUUGAGGCCCAGUGUUUUACCCCCACCUUGUGGCUUAAAUGCACCAAGCUUGAAAAUUGCAAGUUCCCACUCCCCAUGCAUACAGCAUAUGUUCAUAUUACCAGGUUGAAGUGACACAUCUGGGUGUUUGUUUGUUUGUUUGUUUGUUUGUUUGUUUGUUUGUUUUGCCUUAAUGUGACACACAUCUCAUUUUUUUUUAGGACGCUGUAGAGACACAAAAUUUCAUAUCAGACCACAUCACUGUCCAGUGCAUCAAUAUAGCAAUGUAGGGCAGCAACAGCAGUCACUAUAUUCAGUAGAGGAAUGGGGAAAUUGGUGAUUUAUUGAUAUUUUGGGACUCGAUACAAGCAAACCUGGAAGGAACCUAUUGAAACCAAGCAGUGUUUGGAAAAAAUUGCUUAAGAAAUUGAUGUGCAUUUUUGGACAGGUGGGUUAAAGUUAAAGACAGUUAUGGGAACCAUCUAAAUGGGUAGAUCUGAUCCCUGCAAAAAAAAAAAAAAAAAAAAAAAAAAAAACCUGAAUUGUGCAAUGAAGCUUGUGAUGUCAGUUCAGACAGGAUUUUGGUGAGUUUGUGUGUUGCGGCCAAAAAUGAUUGAUUUUUCGAUGCAAUGUGCAGAGAUUGUUAUUUGUGUGUGUGUUUUUGUUUUUUUUGCAGAAAAUUAAAUGAAAUUGUUUUGCACGGUC